AUGGUGCAGAGAACAAAAACUGAAGGUCCUUCACAGGCAGAACAGCUUUUGCGAGUUACGUCUGGUAUAGCAGCGGAGCUCAUCAAGGCUCACGAUGCCAAUGAAUCGGUCUCGUUAAAUGAAGUUCGCGCAAAAAUGAGCAAGAAGUUCGGAUACGGAGGAGUUCCUCGGCUCGUUGAUAUCAUCAGUGCAAUUCCAGAUGAUUAUAAAAAAGCAUUGCUGCCCAAAUUGAAGGCAAGACCAAUUCGAACAGCCAGUGGAAUUGCUGUUGUCGCCGUUAUGUGCAAGCCACACAGAUGUCCACAUAUUGCUAUGACUGGAAAUAUAUGCGUAUAUUGCCCAGGCGGUCCAGAUUCCGACUUCGACUAUAGUACACAGAGCUACACAGGUUAUGAGCCAACGAGUAUGCGAGCUAUCCGCGCAAGAUACGAUCCGUAUGAACAGACAAGAGGUCGGGUAGAGCAAUUGAAAAGCUUGGGACAUAGUGUCGACAAGGUGGAAUUUAUUGUGAUGGGGGGAACUUUUAUGAGCAUGCCAGAGGACUAUCGCGGGAAGUUUAUUGCUCAACUACACAAUGCUUUAUCAGGCUUCACCGGUACGGAUGUAGAUGAGGCUGUUAGGUUCUCUGAGCAGAGUAAAUCAAAAGCUAUUGGCAUCACAAUAGAAACGAGACCGGAUUAUUGCUUGCGUCCCCAUCUAAGUCAGAUGCUCCGUUACGGCUGUACACGUCUGGAGAUUGGUGUUCAAUCUGUAUAUGAAGAUGUCGCUCGGGAUACCAACCGAGGACAUACUGUCCGAGCGGUAUCCGAGUCCUUCCAUCUUGCGAAGGAUGCGGGAUUCAAGGUAGUUGCACAUAUGAUGCCCGAUCUACCCAACGUUGGGGUCGAGCGCGAUCUGGAACAAUUCAAAGAAUACUUUGAGAAUCCAGCUUUCAGGAGUGACGGCCUCAAGAUCUAUCCUACACUUGUCAUCCGUGGAACAGGAUUGUAUGAGCUUUGGAGAACAGGCAGAUAUAAAAAUUACACGGCGAACGUCCUUGUAGAUGUUGUUGCACGGAUCCUUGCGUUGGUACCGCCGUGGACGAGGGUAUAUCGAGUUCAAAGAGAUAUUCCUUUGCCUUUGGUAACCAGUGGUUGUGAAAACUCCGGAAAUCUGCGAGAGCUGGCACUCAACCGUAUGAAAGAUUUCGGAGCGGUGUGUCGUGAUGUUCGAUUCCGAGAAGUUGGUAUCCACGAAAUACACCAUAAAGUCCGCCCAGAGUCCGUUGAAUUGCUUCGGCGCGACUACACAGCUAAUGGCGGUUGGGAAACAUUUUUGUCAUAUGAAGAUCCCGAGAAGGAUAUUUUAAUUGGGCUACUCCGUCUGCGCAAAUGCUCAGAUGAGGGAACUUUCCGGCCGGAGCUGUUGAGGACAGAAGAAGGGGGUUGUAGCAUUGUACGAGAACUUCAUGUGUAUGGUACAGCCGUACCAGUGCAUGGACGAGACCCCACGAAGUUCCAACAUCAGGGCUUUGGUACCCUGUUAAUGGAAGAAGCAGAGCGAAUCGCCCGGGAGGAACAUGGGAGUAUCAAGCUUGCUGUUAUCUCUGGGGUUGGCACACGCGAUUACUACAGGAAGUUGGGAUACGAGUUGGACGGUCCUUACAUGAGCAAGUCCUUGUUGUGA